AUGGAUUAUUUGAAACCCGUAUUGGGCACGACCAGUUUCCAUCCAAUUAAUGUCAACUCAAUUAUUCCGGAUGGAAUCGUUCGAGAAAGACGUCAGUUCUUUGUGUCCAACGAUUUGAACAUGACGAAUGAUAAUGGAUACACUCAUAAAAGUGCAUUGGAUUUCUAUGCACCUGAAAAUCGAAAGAAGAAAAUCUAUCCGAUUGUGAAUACAAGAACUCCAAGGAGACCGGCCAUUCUAUACUAUGGAAGUGAGGAUUCGAAUCAGAAUUAUAGAAAUGAAGUCUUGGAUUUUCGAAAUGAAAAGAGCCAUCCAUAUUUUGUAGUUAGAGUUCGAUCUCAUCCGCCACCUCCCUAUCAAGAUACCGGACAAAAUUCCUGGUAUAGAAGUAAAAGAAAUAUGGACCAGGAGCAAGACAUGACUCGAAUCUCCAAUAGUUUUCUAUAUGAAAAUUCCAAAAACUUGCCCUUCAAAUCAUGGAAUGAUAUGGAUCACGAUUCUCGGAACUUUAAGAAAAUGAGUAUUACGUCUUCUAGAAGAGCAUCCGACGAUCAUUCGAGUACAAUGAGUGGAAGUUCUGAAAUCAUGUCAAUGCAUGACCAAAUUGUCCGUUUCUCCGCCACGUCUUCUGCUCCAGAAGACAACACUACGAACUCUAUUUUAGCUGAGAAAGAGGCGACACUUGUUGUGAGACUCGAACAAGAACUCACUCAAGCUCAAAUAUGUAACCACCGACUGAACCAACAAUUGAAAGUACUGGCGAAUAGUACUGAUAAAGUGAUAAAAGUGGAGUUGAGUAAUGUGAAAGUGAGUUAUUAA